AUGUAUAAUUCUAUAAGUAAAUUUAAAGCAUUUGGAGAUAUUUAUGAAUGUAUUCAAGGAUGUGGGAAAAGUAUUAGUAAUAAUAAUUAUAUACAUGACUCAUGGACCUAUAUUCAGAAUGAAUGUAAAAUAUUAAUUGUUGGUAUUGGAGGACUUGGUAGUGAAAUUCUAAGGAAUUUGAUUUUUAUGGGAUUUAGAAAUUUUGAAUUAAUUGAUUAUGAUGUAGUUGAAAUUUCCAAUUUAAGUCGCAAUCUUUUUUUUGAUUUAAAGGAUUUAGGCAAGUCUAAAGUUGAGUGUAUUAAAAAUAAUAUAGAAUCAAGAUAUGGAUCAAUACAUAAUUUAAAUAUUAAAGCACAUAACUGUGCUUUAGAAUAUUAUUGUACACCUGUUAAUAAAGACUUUUUUAAAAAAUUUCAUUUUAUAUUUUCAGGCUUAGAUAAUAUUGAGAGCAGGCGAAAACUAAAUACAAUGAUACAUUUAUCUUUAAGAUAUACAAAUAAUUCUAAUAAAAAUAAUGAAUUUGGAAUUUUUAAUAAUACUGAAAUAUCUAGUAUAUAUACAUCUAAAGAAUUAUUGGAUUUGAAUGAAAAUUUUAAAAAUAUAACAGCUCCAAUUUUUAUAGAAGGUGGUACAGAAGGAUUUAAGGGACAUUGUCGUAUAAUUAUUCCAUUUAAGACUUCAUGCUACGAAUGUACAAUGGGAUUAAAUUCUGUAAAUAUUAAUUAUCCAAUAUGUACAAUAAAAGAAACUCCACGUACUCCUGAACAUUGUAUUGCCUAUGCUUGUUAUAUUCUAGAUUAUGAAGACCUUGAUGAUUAUAAUAUAUCCUCUUAUAGUACUAAAGAUCAUAUGGAAUAUGUAUUCAAGAUUUAUAAUUAUGCAAAAAUACAUGCAUCAAAAUUUAAUAUACAAGGUGUCACACUUGAAUUAACUAAGAGAUUGACUGGUCACUUUAUUCCAACAUUACUUAGUACAAACUCAAUUAUAGCAUCAACUAUGGUAUCUCAGGCUUUAAAAAUAAUUUUGAAUAAUGAAUUUAAUUACAAAUCUGAUAAUUUUUUUAUGUAUAUAGGGCACUGUGGUAUAUAUUCAAAUACAUAUUAUACUGAGAAAUUAGAUGAAUGCUGUAUAUGUUAUUCAGAUUAA